AUUGACAUCACUAACGACAUUUGUUUAUGUGUUAUCGAUAACAAUCGACACAUCUCUAUUAAAUAACAUCAAAUGCAUAUUUUGAAAUUGCCAAUUGUGUAUUUUUUUUUGUGUAUUUGAGAUGUUUCGUGUUAAAAACAAAUGGUACGAAUACGGGGCUUAAGAUGUGGAUUAGCAAAUGAUAAUCAUCUGCUAGAACCAGCGAACACUAAAAUUAAGGACCCAAAACUCAUUGAUUUCGUGCGUAAGCGGCGCAUUGAUUUUCGCGGAGAAGAGCUGGUGUGUAAACGAUGUGCUGAAGAACUUAAACGUAUUUAUUUGGAGAAAAUUAGACGAGCUCAAGAAUUGAAACACGUAAAACACCAAAGAUCCUUGGAGUUGUCCUCAUCAUUUACAGACCAAGAUGAUACCAAUAUUAGUCGGCAACGGCGUGCCUUGCAUGCGGUAAAGAAAAGUUCAACCACAACAACUACAUCAGCAGACGUUGAAGAGCAACACAGUACAUCCCAAUCAACAAUAGACGAGGGCCCGUCCACAAGUGCUGCUGCAGCAGCUAAAAUAAAACGUAAACAACAGGGAGCGGCACGACGAAGGCGUGGUGUGGGGCAUACCACAGGUGAUGAGGACGAUGCAGACGCUGAUGAUGAUGACGACGAAUAUGCGCCAAGUCCAAAUGCUGUAAAUGGCACACGACUCCCACACAUACAACCUAUACCAAAGAGGAGAAAAUUUGUACAUGCAAAUCCAGAUGUGCUGAAAAUCUACAUGGCGGGCCUGACGGGUGGAUAAUACUUAUUGUAAUAAGUAGUAAAUCAAAUCAUUUGUGUAAAUAAUUCAUUAAAACGACUGUUUAUUUGUAAGGAUUUGUACUGUUGUAGUCAUAUGUAUUUGUGUUAUAUUAAAAAUUGUUAAAUUUAUGAAUA